UUUAAUUCAUCGUUAUUGCGGUACAAUAUUGUUUUUUUUUCUCCUCCUGCCGACUCGCAUCAGGUCACAAAAGAAUACGGCGAGAACCACCGAGUUGGCAACCUGGGUUCCGAGGUAUGGAAGAAAAAGUGCCUGUUUGACGGACCGGUAUGGAAGAAAAAGUGCCUGUUUGACGGACCGUAA